GGAAAUGUAUAAUUGAAAUGUGUUACAGAUAGUCAUCGUAACUGUCAAGAAGUUUUGGGGUUUUAACGACUUUCCAGGUUAGCUGCUGAAAAGAGAAAACCCCAGAACAUUCAUUCAGAGUGGAGAUUGACCCAUGAACAUUUCUGAAGAUGAGCCAAGGACUUGUGUUAUUGUAUUUGGCAGUGAUAUGGGGAGCGAGGAGACCACUCGGAUGUGUAUAACACCAGGGUUCAUCUGUGUUUAUAACACUCAUUGAAUUUACUCUCCUUUUCAGCUUGAAGGUUGGUCAUCUGCUGCUCAAUCUUUCAUCAUGGGUGACUGGAGUGCACUGGGGAAACUUCUUGACAAGGUCCAGGCGUACUCCACGGCAGGAGGCAAAAUCUGGCUCUCCGUCCUCUUCAUCUUCCGGAUCCUGGUGUUGGGGACGGCGGUGGAGUCCGCCUGGGGAGACGAGCAGUCGGCGUUCAAGUGCAACACGCUGCAGCCCGGCUGCGAGAACGUGUGCUACGACAAGUCGUUCCCCAUUUCCCACGUGCGCUUCUGGGUGCUGCAGAUCAUAUUUGUGUCCAUGCCGACUCUCCUGUACCUCAGCCACAUCGUGUUCCUCAUGCACAAGGAGGAGAAAUUAAAUAAAAAGGAGGAGAAACUAAGAGACAUCCAGAGCAAAGGCGGAGAUGUGGAUGUGCUCCUGCGGAAAAUCGAAACGAGUAAGUUCAAGUACGGCCUGGAAGAUCACGGGAAGAUCAAAAUGAGAGGAGGGAUAUAUUACACGUAUAUAAUGAGCAUCGUGUUAAAGUCUGUAUUUGAAGUUGUUUUCCUGUUGAUACAGUGGCACCUUUACGGAUUCAAGCUGUCAGCAGUCUAUACGUGUCAAAGGUUCCCUUGUCCGCAUAAAGUGGACUGCUUUCUCUCUCGUCCCACUGAGAAGACGGUUUUUAUUAUCUUCAUGCUGGUUGUUUCGCUGGUCUCUCUGGCCCUCAACGUCUUUGAGUUUUUUUACGUGAUUCUCAAGAGGAUGAAGGACCAAAUCAGAGAGUCUGCGAAAAACUUUGACAGCACUUGUAAUAUCAAGCCCUGCCCAAGGAACCUGUCCAGUUACGACUAUUACAACGACUGCUCGGCCCCCGUCCCUAAUCUGGGGUACAACCUAGAUAGGGGCGACAAGUCCAACUCCUCUGACAAUUACGACAAGCAGGCUAAUGAGCAGAACUGGACUAACUACAGUACAGAACAGAAUCAGCUGGGUCAUACCCAGCGCUUUCCAUAUCCUGAGAAAGUAACUCUGGGGAAGGAUCUUCUGCUGCUCAAAGAGCUUGAACCUCGACCCAGUAGUCGAGCGAGCAGUCGGGCCAGGCCGGAUGAUCUUGACAUCUAGCAGAAGCCUUAAGCACAGGCCCAUAGACAAUUUCUUUCACAAGUGGUGAACAUUUAAAUAAACUGUGAAAAGGACACUGUAACUGACACCCAAAGAAUGAUGGUUCAGCGUAUAUAUUUAUUUUAUUCGUUUUUGCUAUUGUAACUCAUGCCAAACAGUUGUUUUUUUUAAGUGAACUGUAUUUAUGAGCCAUGAUUGCGAAAAUCAGAUACACUAAUUUUACAGGUUUACUCUAAAAUAAACAUUUAAUACAGUAAGUAUAUGGCUGGAUGAUGCAUAUGUGUCCAUACACUCAUUCAGCUUAAAAUAUGUAAUGGAAAUUGUAAGUUCUGUAACUGGUCAGCAUUUCUUUAAAAUGUUUCCCUCAUUUUAAACACCAUUUUGCAUUUA